UGUGGCGGACGGGAGGCUGGAAGAGGAGGGGUGAUUUUAAUGGCGCAGCGGGUCGGACUGAUCCACCGUGCUGUACAGAAACCAUAACCUCGGGGUUUUAGGGGAAAUCUGGAACCUGCUGGAUUGGUCAGGUCGCGUAUCAGCGGAGCGUUACUGCAUUAGCUCAGCUAGCUAGUGUGUCUGUUAAGGUGUAACCGGAGGCCUAGCCGGAGAGUUAGCUAACCUAGCUAGCUAAGCUAGGCUAGGCUAGCUAGGUUAUCCACUUAAGCAGCAGCAGCAGCAGCAGGAGGAGGAGCGGGCGGCCGGAGCGGAGUGCAGAGAGGGAAUAUGUAACAUAUGCAACAGCAGGCAUCAUCAUGACGUCUAGAUUCAGUAAAACCUACACACGGAAAGGAGGGGAGGCCAACUCCAAGUUCGAGGAGGUGUUCGCGAACAAGAAGGCCACCCUCAGCACCAAAUGGGGCGAGACCACCUACAAGGCUCAGCUCGGAACCAAGCGGCCCACGUACAAACCCGAGGUGUCGGACAUGGUCAAGAGGCCACGCUUUGAGGAAGACGACGACUCGGAUGAUCCGUUCGGCUUCGACAGUGAUGAAGAGUCCAAUACAGUCACGUCCAGAGGAACCCCUCAGUCGGAUAUGGGCUCUGGUGCAGCAGGCUCCGGGAACGAGAAGCCCAAGGCCCAUGGAGCUGCACUGGUCAGUGGAGGCACGCUGGCUUUGGGAAGUAAUGUAAGCAGGAGCCUUGCGACCACUAACAGCACAACUACAGUCAAGCCUCAGCAAACCUCAUCGAAUGCAAGCGCAGGAACAGCCUGGUACAAGUCCUCGAGUGCAGCGGACAAACCCAUCUCUCAGCCAUACAUCAUUGAAACAUCCACCAGAGACUCGGCAGACAACUGGGACUCGCACAGGGAUGAUUCUCUGUCAGGCCCUGGACAGGGAGCCUCUACGCAAAUCUCCAACACCUCAGACAGCCUUAAAACGACUGAGCCCAGCCCCGCAGAGGCGGAGCUUCCCCCACAGCCGGUCGAAUUUGAUCAACUGCCUCUCCUCAAGCCAGCCAGCAACAGGGUUUAUCGACGGCCCAAUCGGAGCAGAGACCAGCUGGAAACUUCCGGAUUCCUGGAGACGUCGACAGGUGCAGGUGCCGGGGCCGGUACAUCAGCAACUGCACAGGUUAAAGGAGCCAGUGGAGGAGUGGCCAGUGGUUCAGAGGUCAAACCUGCUCCAGGCCGGGGCAGGGUGCGGGACUAUACGGUACUGCACCCGUCGUGUGUUUCGGUGUGUAACGUCACCAUCCAGGACUCUAUGGACAGGAGUAUGGACGAGCUCGUCAACACGACGCCAACAGAUCUGGGAGAGGCUGGAACCUUCCGAAAGAAAACGGACGCACAAGCUGCUAAACCUACCAGGUUUCGUCCCACUCAGACGAAGACUAAAAAGGAGACCAAGCUGGAGUUUUUCGGUUUUGAGGAGAACGAGGGUCAGGACGCAGAUGGAGAGCCUGGUGCCUCUGGCAGCACAAGUUACAAAAUUAAAUACUUUGGUUUCGAUGACCUGAGCGAGAGCGACAGUGAGGAUGAGGAGGAUACAGCAGCUCGGGACAGGAAGAAGGCCAAGAAAGCUGCUUCUGAGGCUCUGAUGGGCGGAGUGGACAGCCCUCAGACGAGCGACUCUCAGGAGAGUCAAACGAGCACUAACGCAGAUUCUCAGGAGUGGCUGGAUGAGCCUGGCGCUGUCGGCUCUAACUCACAAAAAGAGCGAACAGGAAAAUCAUCAGACAAGGCGAAAGAAAUCAGCCGCAAAAUCUUCAGCGGGCCUAAAAAGGCUUCUGGUAAGGCAGUGUAUAAUGCUCGUCACUGGAACCAGCCUGAGGUAGAGGACGUGUCCCCUCCUGCUCCCUCCCGCACUGUCGUGGCACCUAAGCCCGUUGUACCGAGUGGAAGCAAAGAUGCAAAUUCCAAAAAAGAUGAUGGAGUGUUCAAAGCCCCUCCUCCUCCUCCGAAAGUCAUAAAAACCGUGACUGUCCCCACCGAACCCUACCAGGACAUCGUCACUUCACUCAAAUGCAACAAGGAGCACAAAGAGCUGUAUACAGUAGUCCAGCAUGUGAAGCACUUUAAUGAUGUGGUAGAGUUCGGGGAGAAUCAGGAGUUCACUGAUGACUUCGAGUAUCUGGAGACCGGCCUGAAGAGCACUCAACCUCUCAACACACGCUGCCUUAGUAUAAUAGGUCUGGCCACACGCUGCGCUAUGCCAAGUUUCCGCAUGCACCUGAGGGCCCGAGGGAAGGUGGCGCAGGUCUUUAAAAUGCUCAGCGACGCUCCACAGCAUCCGAACCUGGCUUUGUGCACUGCCUCUCUGAUGUACAUUUUGAGUCGAGACCGGCUGAAUAUGGACCUGGACCGGGCCUGCUUAGAGCUGAUGAUCCGGCUGCUGGAACUGGAACAGGACAAUACAGUGGAAGAUCAGCUCACUGCGAAAGAGAUCAGCAAGGUCAAGGAGAAGAUUCGCAAACUGUGUGAAAUGGUGCACAAUAAACAUCUGGACCUGGAGAACAUCAAUACGGGUCACCUAGCGAUGGAGACGCUUCUCUCUCUGACCUCUAAGAGAGCAGGGGACUGGUUUAAGGAGGAGUUACGGUUGUUGGGUGGACUGGAUCACAUCGUAGAUAAAGUGAAAGAGUGUGUGGAAAGCCUGGAUAAAGAGGAGGAUAAGGAGAACCUGGUGGCCUCGUUAUGGGGAGCAGAGCGGUGUUUGCGGGUUCUAGAGAGUGUAACGGUCCAUAACCCGGAGAACCAGGCUUACCUGAUCGCCUAUAAAGAGUCGCAGUUAAUUGUGUCCUCAGCGAGGGGCCUUCGCUAUUGUGAGGAGAUGAUUCAGCGGUAUAGCCGUGAGGUCAACAGCUCCCUGUCGUCUUCUGGCACGGCCCUGCCUCACUGUAGCCAUAGUAACGUUGGCAAAGCCGUGGAGGACUGCAUGAGAGCAGUGAUAGGAGUGCUUCUCAACCUCACACACGAUAAUGAGUGGGGCAGCACGAAGACUGGCGAACAGGAUCAGCUAAUCAUCACAGCGCUGAACUGUGUCCUCAAAGUCCCCCGUUUCAUACCUCCGGAGCAGCGUUUUGACAUCCGGGUGCUUGGUCUGGGGCUGUUGAUAAACCUGGUGGAGUACAGCUCCAGAAACCGGUACGGUCUUGUAGAAAUGGAGGUGGACACUUCCUGUCUGAUCGAGCCAGAGAAAGAAGUGAAGAAGGAAACAGAAGAUGGCGCUGUGGUAGAGGCCCAGGUGAAGGUGCAGGAUGUGGAGAUGAAAGAAGAAAGAGGAGAAGAAGAGAAUAAACCAAGCAUUCAGGGUUCUGCAAAUGCACUGACUGCUCUGGUGCAGCUGUUCCUGGAGCGGGAGAGAGCGGCGGUUCUGGCCGAAGCCCAGACUGACGACCUCAUCAGUGAAGCGCCCAAGUCUCAGGCUGACCAGAGCGGAGAGUGGCAGGAGACCUCGGGGGAGAUUCAGUGGGUUGCCACAGAAAACAACGAGACGAACGACACAAAAGAGAAGGAAAAGGAGGAAGAAGACGAGGAGCUGGACCUUAAUAAAGCACUGCAGCAUGCUGGGAAGCACAUGGAGGACAGUAUUGUAGCGUCUUACACUGCCCUGCUGCUGGGCUGCCUCUGUCAAGACAGUCCGCUGAAUGUGAAGUCAGUGAGGGAGAGCCUUCCUAAAGGGGAUUUCUCCAUUAUGACGGAGAUGCUGAAGAAGUUCCUAAACUUUAUGAAUCUGACGUGUUCUGUCGGCACCACAGGGCAGAAGUCCAUCUCACGGGUGAUUGAUUACCUGGAGCACUGUUAGCGAAGGGGCACCGUUUAGAGGAAUAUCGGAGGACCUGGCAGCCCGCUGGAGGCAUGUCAUCACUGGAGGCACAAAGACCUGUGGUGGGAGUGGGUCAGCGUCAACAGGGGUUACGCUCAUCACAAAGAGUUCACGGGUCUUUACAAGCAUUAUUCAAAUGCUGUGUCUCUCUCUCUCUGUCUCUCUCUCUCACACCUUUCUCACACUCAUACACAUUUGCAUUUCAGUGCGUAUGUAUUGAAAUUUCUGAAAGGAAUCAUAACCCCUCCCGCUUUAGGCCCACAGUGACGUAUUUGGACAGAAAGAAAGAAUAUAAUUAUUUUUUAUGUUUAAAAGUCAUCCACUAUUUAUUAUCAAAUGCCAUCACGUUGGACUGUUGCUUAUAAUGGUGAGACAUUUGUUUAGGAAAUUAAAUUGAAAUUAAACCUUGGUUACUAUUUAUUGCAACCAAUAAUGCAUUUAUAGAUGAUUCAAUUAAAUUAUUAGUCAGUAUACAGAAUGGAGUCAUAUAACUGGGAUUAAAUUACAGUCAUUACCUCUGGAUGGUAGUGCUUGGGACUGGCUUGUCAAAAUUAUACCUGGUAGAAAAAAAAACAUUUAUAACAGAAAUGUCAGAUAUGCAUUUUUUUUUUAUUGCAAUUUUAAUUAUAUAUGUUAAAGUAGGGGUUAGUGGAGCACAUCCUAACUUUGUUUUUUUUUUAAUGAUUUGAGCAAGUUUAAAGAUUAAUGGGAUUAAAACAAUUCACUAAACAAACUCAGCAAUCGAGAUCACUUAACACUUCAUCAAUCAAUAUGUGAUUAUUU